AUGGAGGUGCCUAACGUCAAGGACUUCCAGUGGAAGCGCCUGGCGCCGCUGCCCAGCCGCCGGGUCUACUGCUCCCUGCUGGAGACCGGGGGGCAGGUCUAUGCCAUCGGGGGAUGUGACGACAACGGCAUCCCCAUGGACUGCUUUGAGGUCUACUCCCCCGAGGCCGACCAGUGGACCGCCCUGCCCCCCCUGCCCACCGCCCGGGCCGGGGUGGCCGUCACCGCCCUGGGGAAGCGGAUCAUGGUGAUCGGGGGUGUGGGCACCAAUCAGCUGCCCCUGAAGGUCGUGGAGAUGUACAACAUCGAUGAGGGCAAGUGGAAGAAGAGGAGCGUGCUGCGUGAGGCCGCCAUGGGCAUUUCUGUCACGGCCAAAGAUUACCGAGUGUAUGCGGCAGGCGGGAUGGGCCUGGACCUCCGUCCGCACAACCACCUCCAACACUAUGACAUGCUCAAGGACAUGUGGGUGUCACUAGCACCCAUGCCCACCCCGAGAUAUGCUGCCACCUCCUUCCUCCGAGGCUCCAAGAUCUAUGUGCUAGGGGGACGACAGUCCAAGUACGCAGUCAACGCCUUUGAGGUUUUUGACAUCGAGACUCGCUCCUGGACCAAGUUCCCCAACAUUCCCUGUAAGCGGGCCUUCUCCAGCUUUGUGACCCUGGAUGACCGCUUGUACAGCCUGGGAGGCCUGAGGCAGGGUCGGCUCUACCGGCAGCCCAAGUUCCUCCGGACAAUGGACGUGUUCGACAUGGAACAAGGGGGAUGGCUGAAGAUGGAACGCUCGUUCUUCCUCAGGAAGCGGCGGGCAGACUUUGUGGCCGGCGCUCUGAGUGGACGGGUCAUAGUGGCCGGAGGACUUGGGAACCAGCCCACUGUCCUGGAGACAGCAGAGGCGCUCCACCCCGGGAGGAACAAGUGGGAGGCCCUCCCCACCAUGCCCACGCCCCGCUGCGCCUGCUCCAGCAUUGUCGUCAAGAACUGCCUCCUGGCUGUGGGGGGCGUCAACCAGGGUCUGAGCGACGCAGUGGAAGCCCUGUGUGUCUCUGACUCCUAG